AUACUUAUCAGAUAAUUUCUUCAAGUUUUUGUCGACACUUUAGUUACAUGCAACAGAUAAAGCGAAUUUAGAUCUUUGGCUUGACAAUUAUUUCAAAAUGUGUAGGGUGAUAGCGUUGUUUUUCUUGUUCUUUGGAAUUGGAAACUCCCAAAGCGAAAAACGAUUAAUUUUACACAGCGAAAUGGACAUAAGCCAGGAAUUUGCCAGAGUGAACAAAAGGAUUGACGAUCAAGCACAGCACAUUGAAAACUUGACAAAAACGGUUGCUGAAAAGGAUAAAGAAAUUGAAGUUUUGAAAGAGAAAGUUAAGAAAAUUGAAACAUUGCAACAAUCUCUUCAAAAUCUUAAAGAAUACAGCUCAACAUAUGUCAGGUGGGGUCGCACAACAUGCCCAAGCAACGAUACGGACAUUGUUUACCAUGGUUAUAUGGCAAGCACUGCAUACGCCAGCAGUGGAGGCGGCUCAAAUUUCCUGUGUUUAUCUCCUGAUCCCCUGUGGAGUUACUACGAUGAAUCCAUCACCAGUUACGUAAAAAUAAAAGGAGUUGAGUACGAUUUUUUUGCUCACCGCGCUGAUGGUGCUGCCAAAUUUUUCGGCCAUGAUGUUUACAACGAUGAUGCAGUGUGUGCAGUUUGCCACAGUCGCCGGAGUUCGAGCCUUAUGAUUCCCGGGAGGAAUGAGUGUUACAGUGGCUGGACCAAGGAAUACAGCGGGUAUCUUGUUAGUGAAUACGAAACGGCUACCCACGAAUCAGAUUUCAUUUGUCUUGAUGACAGACCGGAGUCUCUCGUUGGAGGAAAAAACAAUGAUGACGAGAGUCUUCUAUACUUUGUUGAAGCGUCUUGUGGGAAAAGCUUGGAGUGUCCGCCCUAUAUCAACGGAAGAGAGCUUACAUGCGUUGUAUGCACAAAAUAGUCGAUGAAAAUAAAGAUCCGUGGAGUUGUUAAAUAACUAUUUUUGUUAUGAUAUGUUAUAAUAAGCAUAAUAAUACACAAAUUUUGCAGAGUCGCUUUUAUACCAACACAUAACUACACUCAUAGACAUUUAUAAUCGGCCACCUA